UCACACACUUACUCAAAUCGAUCUGCAACUCCUAACAAAUUCAUCCUCUCAAUCAACGUUUCUUUGCCUUUCUGGGUUUUCUCUCAUUCCUAUUUUGAGAUCUGGGGUUCUAUUUGUUUUCAACUAUUCGAUCAUCUCUGCUUCUCUUCAGAUCUCUUGUAAUCUUGAGCUUCUCUUUCCUUCCACAGCUUUUCUAGGUUUUGAUUACUCAAGUUCAAGAUGGAUGAAGUCGAUGUUCCAUCCUAUUUCCUCUGUCCAAUCUCUCUGGAAAUCAUGAGAGAUCCGGUGACCGUAUCCUCCGGAAUAACCUACGAUCGGGAGUCCAUAGAGAGAUGGAUAUCCUCCAGCAAGAACAGUAGUACAUGCCCAGUCACAAGACAACCCUUGCCUUCAGAUUCCGAUCUGAUACCAAACCACUCUCUCCGACGAUUGAUCCAAGCAUGGUGCACUCUCAAUGCUUCCAAAGGCAUAGAACGAAUCCCAACACCAAAGCCUCCCGUCGAUAAAGCCCAGAUCCUCAAACUCCUCAAUGAGGGUAAGGCCCUUCAACAUCAGAUUAGAUGCCUUCGAAGUCUCAGAUCCAUCGCCAACGAAAGCGAGAGGAACCGUAGAUGUUUGGAAUCUGCUGGAGCAGUUGAUUUCUUGGCUUCAAUCGUAGCCAACGAUGAAGGCACGAGUGGUACUAGAUCCAGUGAUGAAGAAGCUCUAUACAUUCUUUAUCGUCUCCAGAUCUCAGAGGCUGGCCUCAAGAAACUUUUAAUCAGAAGAUCAAAUGGUGAAGACUUCGUUAAGACCUUGAUGAGGAUCUUGCAACAUGGGACCUACCAAUCUCGUGCUUAUGCAGCAUUGCUUCUGAAAUCCAUGUUCGAAGUGUGUGAUCCCAUUUAUCUAAUGGCCUUACGAGUGGAACACUUUGUUCAGAUAGUGAACGUUUUGCGUGACCAGAUCUCACAACAGGCAUCUAAGGCUUCAUUACAGAUCAUGGUUGAGAUCUGUCAAUGGAGUCGAAGCAGGAUCAAAGCCGUGGAAGCUGGUGCAGUUUCAGUGUUGAUUGAGAUCCUACUAGAGAAGACGACAGAGAAGAGAGAUUUGGAGAUGGUGUUGGUGGUGUUGGAUCUGCUAUGUGGAUGUGCAGAAGGGAGAGCCGAGUUGUUAAGACACGGAGCUGGAAUAGCUGUGGUGUCCAAGAAGAUACUUAGGGUUUCACAUGUGGCCACUGAUAGAGGAGUGAGGAUACUUUCUUCGAUUUCGAGGUUCUCUGGGACUUCUUCUGUUGUUCAGGAGAUGCUACAAGUUGGGGUUGUUUCCAAGUUGUGUUUGGUGCUUCAGAUGGACUGUAACCAUAAGACCAAGGAGAAGGCCAAGGAGAUGCUUAAGUUGCAUUCUAGGGUUUGGAAGAACCCUUCUUGUAUCCCUAUCCAUUUACUCUCUUCCUAUCCAUCUUCUUAAUUAGUACCCUUCUUGUUAGUUUUGUGUACAUAUAUAAUUGGAUAAAAGAAAUACAUGGGCAUGAAAAUUUGUUUCCA